AUGCGGCAGUCAACAGAAUCGCAAUCGCCCACAGCUGCCACAACAUUUUCCAGCGUCACAAUCGAGACUACGCUGCCAGUCCAUCCGUACGAACCACUAGAAAAUCGGAAGGCCAUCAAGACAAAACGCCUGUUGAUACGGCCACUGAAACUAAGCGACCUAGAGGAUCUCCAUGCCUUGAGGUCUCAGCCCGAAGUGGCCGCCUGGUCGUCCAAAGGAAAGCCGAACGAGUCGAUAGAUAUCACCCGCUUGGAGCUAGAAGAAGGUCUCAGUAGAGAUGUGUACCAAUUUGCAAUAUGCCUGUCUAACGGAGAGAUGAUCGGAAUCGGCGGUUCGCAUCGGAGGCAAGGAAAUCUCGGCUGGCCAGUCAUUGGCUACGCAAUCCGUCACGAGACCUGGGGAAACGGGUAUGCCACUGAGUUUCUUGCUGCGUUUUUAGAUCGCUGGUGGUCAUUGCCAAGAGAGGCCGUGACUAUUCCUGUAGAGAAGAGCACGGUUAGGGGGAAUGGGCCGAUAAAGGAUGAACGUAUUGUCGCAACAACGACGAACAAGAACACUGCAAGUCAGAAGGUCAUGACCAAGAAUGGCAUGGAGCUGAAUCGGAUUUGGGACGAAGAUGAUUGGUCUAGACCAGGCCAGAAAGUGACAAUGUACGGCUAUAUCGCGAAGCCUCACGUCGAGGAUGCCUAG